AAUACACAAGAAAUAGCUAUUUAAAUGGUUAAUUGAUAAGGCUAAAGUGAUAAACAUCAGUUUUGGAAUAAAUUAAGCUAUAAAAUAUGAAAUCCUCAAAAAUGAGAGCACCAGCAACACCGUUGCGUCCAAUGUUACCACCAAAGACUCCAAAGAGUCGUCAAAAUUCAAAAGAGAAUCUAGUUCAGAAAGAUCCAGUGCAAGUAUUUUGUAGAAUACGUCCUCUACAAUCAGAAUCGGAUCUUUCAUGCAUUAGAGUUGUUUCAUCGUCCACAGUUGCACUUAUACCACCAGAAAGUGCUAUAAACUACAAAAUUUCAAAUAAUAAAGAGACACAAUAUGUUUUUAAGCAUAUCUUCGAUGUAGAUUCAUCUCAACAAGAAGUUUUUUGUACUGUUGCACAGCCAUUAGUUGAAGGAUUAAUUAAAGGCAGAAAUGGAUUAUUAUUCAGUUAUGGAGUCACUGGGUCUGGUAAAACAUACACAAUGACAGGAAAUAAAAAUUAUCGCGGUAUUAUGCCUCGAUGUUUGGAUGUAUUAUUCAAGACAAUUUCAGAUUAUCAAGCAAAAAAGUUUGUUUUCAAGCCAGACAGAUUAAAUGGAUUUGAUAUUCUAACAGAAGCAGAUGCAAUGCUUCAUCGUCAAACUGAAAUCAAUUCUCGGUUAAUGAAACUCGAACGAAAAGACACAGAUAUUGAAAUUGCAUCCACAGCUUCGUCGGAUGUAACAAUACUUUCAGGAAUUGAUGAGGACAAUAGCUAUGCUGUAUUUAUCACUUAUGUAGAAAUUUAUAAUAAUAACUGUUAUGAUUUACUCGAACCAUCAAAUAAUCGUAAUCAACCAUUGCAGACAAAAAUUGUCCGAGAAGAUAACAACCAUAACAUGUUUGUGCAUGGCGUAACAGAAGUUGAAGUAAAGUCUGUUGAGGAAGCAUUAAAUGUUUUUCAUACAGGACAAAAGCGUAAACGUAUGGGACAUACAAUUCUUAAUGCUGAAUCAAGUCGCAGUCACUCAGUGUUUACGAUUCGUUUAGUACAAGCUCCAGUUGACAUUAAUGGAGAGUAUGUUGUUCAAGACAGAGAUAAAAUCACUGUUUCUCAACUGUCCUUAGUCGAUUUAGCUGGUUCUGAGCGAACAAAUCGUACAAAAAAUACAGGACAGAGACUUCGUGAAGCUGGAAAUAUCAACAAUUCAUUGAUGACAUUAAGAAGUUGUUUGGAAAUACUACGUGAAAAUCUGUUAAAUGGAGGAAAUAAGAAAGUUCCAUAUCGUGACACAAAGCUCACACAUCUAUUUAAGAAUUAUUUUGAUGGUGAAGGUCAGGUGAAAAUGGUUGUUUGUGUUAAUCCUCGAUCUGAUGACUACGAUGAAUCUGCUCAUGUAAUGAAAUUCGCAGAAAUAACACAAGAAGUUCAAAUUGCUCGUCAAACGCCAAUAAAACCAACAUUUGAUAACGGUUUAACUCCAGGCAGGCGCAGAGCCAAUCAACUGUUCCGUCAAGCUAUGCAAGUUCUCGAAGAAAAUGGACAAGAGGAUGCACAAAAUUUGGAAAUCGAUCUAGGUCUAAUUUAUAAACUUCCAAGCUUCUCUGACUUCCAAUUAAGGAACGACAACAUGAAUGAUAUAAUGAAGGAACUAAUGAUCUGUCUUGAAGAUCGAAUAAGAUGUCGCAAACGCUUAGUUGAAGAUUUUGAUGUUAGACAGAAAGAAGUCCGUCAGUUAAUCUACAAUCUUGAGUCAGAGAAUAUUCGGUUAAAAACUGAAAAUGCUGCAGUAACAGCAACAUUAAACCAAGAUCGUGAGCGAAUGAAGGUUCUUGAGACUAAAAUUAUGAGGUACGAGACAACAAUUGACACAUUGAAUCGUCGAAUUCGUGACAAAGAUGAACACAUAUCUCAAAUGGAAACAGAUUUGAAUGAAAAACAGCAUCAAAUUAACAGAAAGGAACAAGAAAAAGAAAGGCAACGCCGAAAGUUUGAUAAUAAAAUGGCAGAAGAGCAUGAUAAGAAGCAGCGCGAAUUGGAAAAUAAGUUGGGUGAACAGAAGCGCAAGAUGGAGAGCCAUAUGAGGACACAAGAAGAGAAGCUCCGACUUGUUACAGACAUUAUUAAUGAUAAUGAGUUCAAAGCAGGUCCUGUUUCAAACUUAAUUCAUCAAUUUAAUGCUCACAGCGAAGGAAAUGCACCACAAAGUGAACGCAAGGCACGCACAAAAACAAUAGCCAUGACUAAUCCUCGUCAUCGUCGCUCAAAGAGUGUUGGAAAUGAAGGUUGGCUAGAGCAUAGAGCACCAUCCAUUGCCCAUCCAGGCACAGUUCUUCAGCCAUAUUAUAAUAGAACUAAAACAGUGACAAGUCCAGAAAUGAAAGACAUAACAAAUAACAGAACGUCUCGUUAUUGUUUAAUUACACAAGAAGCUGAUACGGACGGUGAACUCGAGACAAAACUUUAUAAAGGGGAUGUGAUUCCAACAAAAACUGGUGGAGCACAAGUUGUAUUUGAUGAUAUUGAAUGCUUGACCCAACAAUCACCGACUGCGUCACCAAAUACAUCUCGUAAGAGAAAAUCAGAAAAUGAACGUAAAACACCAAGCAAAAAGUCACAUACAGAAAUUGGAGCUCGCUGCUCGACUGGCAUUGAAGGACAUUAUUCAAAGAAGCAACGCGUUUAAGUAUUAAUUUUGGUUUAUGCUUAAUAUAUUUUACUUUCUUUUUAAAUUAAUUGAUUAAUUUUUAUAUUUUUUAUACACGAAAUAAUUAUUGAAGAAUCUAAUCCUUUUAUACCUGUAUGAUUUUUUGUCUGAGAAAUAAAGCAUAACGAACAAAAAUAUUUUGAAUUGCACAACAUAAGUCUU